AUGUUAGCAACAACUUCACCAAACUCGUUAGUCAUGAACCCAACUUCAAUGUUAGUAGAGAUGAAAAGCUUCAUUCCUUCUUCAUAUACUUUCGAAACAGAAAUCCAGAAGAUAAAGCAAGAACUUCUCCAAGGAGAUUUAUACUGUAGUGCGAAAGAUGAAACAAAUGAAGAAUAUCUUUAUGAAAUGCAGGAUAUUAUUGACCAUCUACCUAAACUUCCUGAAAUACAACAACAAAAGCUUACUAUUCCAGAAUUCGAUGAAAUAGAAGUCAAAGCAACUGACUCAGUAGAAACCAAGAAGUUCAUACGUAAGGUAAACUAUGAGUUUCUUGGAUUUCAUUGCAACCACAAAGUCAUGGACAAAGAUUGCGAUAUGUUAUAUAAGAACAUCUCUGACAUAUACAAAUCUGAAGAAUUUAAGACCUACGACAACUUUGUUUCGUUAGUUGCAAAAUGUGUAUGGCAGAUAAGAGAUAAAGAUAAAAGAGGUAAAGUAUGGAACGAACAGAUAAAACCAGCAACUUUUGAGUUAA